AAGUAGUCGCUGAGGGAAGCGGCAGUCGGACCCGGUAGUUGGGAGUGCAAGUUUGUGCCGGCUGGGAGCCCGGGGAUCAUGGACAGAUAAGACUUGGCUGCGGUUGAUUGGCCUCGGUCCCCACAAUCCCAAAAAAAAACAGGACCUCGACAAGCUCCAUGAACUGAAGGCCAAAGCCCGGCAGAUUAUGAACCAGUUUGGCCCCUCAGCCCUGAUCAACCUCUCCAACUUUUCAUCAAUAAAACCAGAACCUUCCAGCACCCCCCCCCAGGGGUCCAUGGCCAACAGUGCCACAGUGGGAAAGAUGCCAGGCCCCCCGGGGGCAGGGGGGCGUCUUAGUCCAGAAAGUAAUCAGGUUUUGACAAAGAAGAAAUUACAGGACCUGGUUAGAGAAGUUGAUCCCAAUGAACAGCUGGAUGAAGAUGUGGAAGAGAUGCUACUUCAGAUUGCCGAUGACUUCAUCGAGAGUGUGGUGACGGCAGCAUGCCAACUGGCCCGGCAUCGAAAAUCUAACACUUUAGAGGUCAAAGAUGUCCAGCUGCAUUUAGAGCGCCAGUGGAAUAUGUGGAUCCCAGGUUUUGGUUCAGAAGAAAUACGACCCUACAAAAAGGCCUGCACCACAGAGGCUCACAAACAGAGAAUGGCCUUGAUCCGCAAAACGACCAAGAAAUAACACAUGGGAGGGGCAGGGAGAAGACGGCACUGCAUUUGGAGACACCGCAGACACCGGAGAGGCCUCCGCAAUAUCGCCUGUGGAAUUUUUUUUUAUGCUUUAAAGAGAAGCAUAUAUAUUUUUAUUAACAGUACAGCAAUAUCUAUAGUGACUGAGGAGACUCCUGCCAAAAAAACCCUAGCCAUUAUAUGGUCCCAGUUCCCCUUCCUUUUACUUGCCCUCUCAGAAGGGAGCAGUGUAUCUCAGCCCGAAGGAGGUUUUGUUUGUGGUUUAUCCUAAGUGGUUGUCCAAGGGACAGAGAGCAUCCUGGGCUUGUUUGGUGGACAGUAGAGGUUUCUGUU